AUGUCUCACCAACUCCAAAUAUCCGCUGCGCUCAAAGGCAUUUUCCAUAACUGUUCAAAGAUAAACUUUGCUACAACCGUCACUGCCCGAGGACUGCCCAGAAAUCCAGCUUAUGCCAUUCAACUUCCCUUUCGACAAUCAUCAUGGAAAAAGUUCCUCGAUCUCUGUUCUCCUAAUGGCGUAAACGCAUUUACUUCGGCGUUGGUAUGCCCUGCUUGCGAGACUACUCUAACAGAAAAUGACGAUAUAGUCUUCAUCGAACUUAAUCCUAGCGAAGACUAUAAAUUAUCUGUCUUAUCAGGUCUUCGUCCGGAUAUAAUAAUGGAAAUCGCCACACGAGCGCUCUCUUUCUGGACAUAUCAGACUACUCAAGAAGCAUGUUUCCAAGAGAUGAUGUACAGAGAUUUACAGGAAAGCUGUCAGAAAAGGAGUUGGAGUUGGAAAAACGAAAAAAUGUUGAAAUCUCCGACCAGCUCCAAGAAAAGGGUCGACAGUUUACAAAAUUACAGGCAAGUUUGA